UUGAAGAAGGCUUACAAAAAGGCUGCCAUUAAGAAUCAUCCUGAUAAGGGUGGAGAUCCAGAAAAGUUCAAGGAGUUGGCCCAGGCUUAUGAGGUUUUGAGUGAUCCAGAGAAACGUGAAAUUUAUGAUCAGUACGGUGAGGAUGCGCUCAAGGAAGGAAUGGGAGGAGGUGGUGGUGGCCACGACCCCUUUGACAUCUUAUCAUCUUUCUUUGGAGGAGGAAGCCCAUUUGGAGGUGGUGGCAGCAGCAGAGGAAGGAGGCAGAGGAGGGGAGAAGAUGUUAUGCAUUCUCUUAAGGUGUCGCUGGAGGAUCUUUACAGUGGAACAUCAAAGAAAUUGUCCCUCUCUCGCAAUGCCAUCUGCUCCAAGUGCACUGGAAAGAUGUCACUAAGAAUUAAAGUGGGGUUGUGGUAUUGUCAGAAUGUUGAUCGGCAUUAUAAAUUUUAUUUCAAACGGAUUUUCGUACCGAAGAAAUUGGUACAUUGCAGGUAUCCCCGAUCAUUCACCCACAAAACAAUAUCAAAGGUCAUGGUGGAGAUAGAGAACUCGACAGUGGUGUUGCUGCCACUGCUGCCAUUACCGGAAGAUGAUGAUGCUGUAAAAAGAAAUGGAAAAGAGUAUGGCAGAGAUGCUCAGUUCAUGGUGGUGUCACAUGUGGUUGAUUGA